UUGAUAGGCAAAAUAACUCGACAAUGAGUUUUGAGAAAGAAAUGCAUAAUCACAAGUUUCUUGGUUAACUAUUGUCCUGGUUUAUAAUAAUUUGUAGUUCGCUAUAGGCCUAUUUUCAGUAAAUGUUUUCAAUAGUGGGGUAUUUUUGUUAUUAUUUUAUGAAAUAGUUAUUCUUUUCGUAUCGUUUAGUAGGCUAAGGUUUUCUCAAACUUAAAAUGGGGGAAUCAGGUUGUCUUAAAAAUUGAAUUAAUCAAUAAAUAGGAUUUUAAUAAGCCUACUUUGUCAGAUUCUUACUUGUAAUUUAAAGAUGAUGAUAACGACGUGACUGACAGAUGUCAAAACCGAAAAUUCGAAAGGCUGUAAGUACAGUGCGGAGUUUGCUUGGACCAUUAGGGAAAUCGGACUGUACCAAAAUUAAGGGGGCAAGUCUAAUAGAAGCCUAUUUCUGUUUUAUUAUCCCUUUUAGCGUCAUUUGCAGCUUGGAUAUAGUCGAUCCAUAACGAAGACAUAUUUCGUUAAAAUCCGUAGGGUGUGGAACGACAUCAAGAAAUUAGUCUUCGAUGUCUUUAGAAAAAAAUUCACGCCCUAAAACACAAACCCUAUUCUUAAGUGCGCGGUCUUCACGGCGAAGCGAGCUGGAAGAAGUUCGCCUGAGAGCUGUAGGAUGCAGUGAAGAUGGCGAUGAAUGUGAAGAGCAAGGAUGCUGUGUUUCAAAGUAAUGACUUCAGCAGAAAUUACAGUUCACAUCAUAUUAGCUAUGGGAACAGUAGCCAUUACUUCCCCCACAUACCAGGCCUGGAGUCGGUUACGAAAACUCCUCUGAGUCUGAUGUGCCAGCAGCAGCAGCAGCAGCAGCGGUUGCCACCGCCGCAGCCACCACCACAGCCUUUCCAGCCCCUGUCGGCCCCACAGCCUCUUGGACCACCACCUGUGAUGCUCUCCUCCCCAGACCCACUGCGUUACCCCCUCUGCAGCCCGAUGCCUGCAAAACCGCACCCCCACCUCCAGAUGGUACACAGCCCGCCGCCGGUACCUCUGGUGUCUCCCAUGCCCCCGGUCCCUGCGCUGCCGGUACCCAUGCCGGUACCCAUGCCGUGCCCCAUGCCGCGCCCCAUGCCGGGCCCCAGGCCCCUCGAAGAGGAGUGCCAGACGGGGGGUUCGGAACAGGAUGCCACCUUGGAGGAGCUGUGCAAGCCACUCUAUUGCAAACUGUGCAAUGUGACGCUCAACUCAGCCCAGCAGGCCCAAGCCCAUUACCAGGGUAAAAACCACAGCAAAAAGCUGCGGAAUUUCUAUGCUGGAAGCCAACAACCUCCCCCUAUACGAAUACCUGAGAUAGCAGAGCCUGUUUCCCAGCAACCUAACUCCACUCCACCAACAGAAAGUGCCACAUGUAAGCAGCCAGUAUCCUUUAAGGGCACCAGUCGGGUGAUACUGGCCACGGAGAACGACUACUGUAAGCUUUGCGACGCCUCCUUCAGUUCGCCCGCGGUGGCACAGGCACACUACCAAGGCAAGAACCACGCCAAGCGACUGCGCCUGGCAGAGGCCCAGCAGAGCGGCAGCCACUUAGACUGUGAAUCAGGCCAGAGACGGACAAGGAAAGAGGGAAGUGAAUACCGUCUGAUCAAGAACCGCAGAGCACUGCACACACCUCCUGUCAUUCCAGGGCCCUACUACAACCCGCGGCCGAGGCAGCGUAUCCCGCGUGACCUGGCGAUGUGUGUGACGCCCAGUGGCCAGUUCUACUGUUCCAUGUGCAACUCAGGGGCCAGCGAGGAGGCCGACUUCCGGCUGCAUCUGGAGAGCAAGCAGCACAAGAGCAAGGUGUCUGAGCAGCGCUACCGCAGCGAGAUGGAGACCCUGGGCUACACCUAGAGCCACCGUGUGGAAGUGUGCAUGAAUCAUGGCUGCAGGGACACAGGCCAUUCUGAAGUCGGAGGUGGUUGGGUGUUUGGGGAGAGUGUGAAACCUGGUUGAGGUGUGUGUGUGUGGGUGUGUGGGUGUGUGGGUGUGUUUCUGCAUCACUCGACAAGUGGCUUCAUUCCUCUUUUUAAACUAAUAUUGUGUUCUUUAUUGGCUGUAACUAAUGCAGUAGUGUUAUGUUCAGUUUAGUAUUUAUUUCGAAAAAUCGCUCACACAUUCUUUUACCUCAAGCUAUAUUCCUUACAUGUAUGUGCUGAUAUACCUACUUGGGUGCGUAUGUUCUGAAGACAACAGAGCAGGCUAGGAGUCGACUCCAUUCGAAGUGCAGCACCUUCAUAUCACUCAGUAUCAGACAGGGAGGGAUUUUGUAUCAUAUAGGAUAUAGAAAUCAUUGUAUCCCUGUUUUAUUUGUUAGAUUGUGUUGAUUGUGUUGGCAUCAGUCAUCAGAGGAAAUGAAACUGUGUUUACCCCUUGACCCUGUGAAAAAUCACAGCAAGAGCAGCUUUCUAGUCUGCAUCUGUUUUGCACAUAUUGAUGGGGAGAUCUACAGCAAUCAGAAGUGCCAGUUUCCUGUCAGUGUUGACACGCCGUGUUGACAGCAGUCCAGUAUGUAUAUCAGUGCCUCAGCACUUUUCUUCCCUCGUCUUGUGUUGUGAUGUUUACACUGUAGCUACACCUGAGCUCAUAGUCUGGGGAACAAAUGUGAAGGUUCCUCGCCUAGAUACUCAUAAUGUGCAGGAUUUUUAAAAGACCCUUGAAUGGAUUGUCCGUGUUUUUAAAAAAGCAUGACAUUGUACAGUUAAGACUCGUUAGUCUUUUAAAAAUGUGAGAGAGGUUGUGACUUGCUAGCAGAGAAGCAUAGGAGGGUCUUAGAGCAGUAAACCUUGGGAGAAGCUUCUGAUUAACCCCAAAAUUGCAGGUGACUCUAAGUCCUUAAUCUCUCAGCUCAGCACUUAGUUUUGCAACCAAAGUUUUGAUAACUGUCACAGGAGUUCCAUAAAAGCAAUUAACGAUUCAUGGUAUCUACCACCAGAGCCAAAGGAGAGUAGCAUUGUGAUCCGUCUGGAUUUGCUUACGGGGACAUGAAAUCAGAUACUGUGAGAUACUGUCCUCAGCUCAGUGACUGUUCAACAAUAGUUAUACCAUGUUCAGCCUCGUGCACCGAUGACAUCUGUUCUGGAUGGAAAUGUCAGCACUGAGGAUGGUUCAGGGACUAACCUUAAACUGCUCACAUUACAGUCUUUCUGUUCCAGCCAUUUUCAAUUGAUACCAAAACAUCAAUAUUAUUUUGACAUAUUCCUUAGGGGACGUUUCAAUUUUGAUAGAUGCGCACGUCUUCAGAUGUCUGUUGUUUAGUUUCUCCUCCACCCCAGGGUUUUGUGUGCAAUAUCUAAACCUAAUCAGGUUAAUCAUCUUAAUUGAAUAUAUCUAUCUAUAUACAGUAUAUAUAUUUAAAGGAAAUAAUGUUUUGUUUUAGUGUACGGUUAAAUCAAGUGUGUGAGUUAAAAUGUGUCUGCAUGGUUAGAGUGUAGUUGCCUACUGAGUAUUUGUUCUAUCCAUAGCGGAAUGAAGAGGGCCCCACUGGUAGUGUUCUAUCCAUAGGGGGAUGAAGGGGGCCCUACUGGUAGUGUUCUAUCCAUAGGGGGAUGAAGGGGGCCAUACUGGUAGUGUUCUAUCCAUAGGGGGAUGAA